CUUGAUCCACACUCCCAGCAAGCUGGCCCUGCUCAAAUGCAAAUGUCUGACACUGACCCAGCAUUAAAGUGGUCAGCUCUUAAAAUGUUCAGUGUCACUUGCACCAACAGGUGGUGUCAAAACCACGCAAGAUACACAAAUGAAGUUUUAUUACCCCCUUUCCUGUCUGAAUAUUGUGGUGAUGCUAUGUGCAACAGUAAAUGUCACCAUUGGUGGACGGAGGGAAGAAGUAGUACAGACAGGAGUCUAUUUUAGUAAGCCAUUCACAUUUGGCACAGACACUAUAAAUUUGAUUGAUUAUUCUCCAUCGUCUCUCAGAAAGUCCAUUGCUGCCUCCCUCACACACACUUUUCUUCAGUUUUGAGGUACGACGCAAGGAGCUGCUCAGUUUCGAUAAGUUUUAGUGGGGGAAUUUAAGACAACCAUGGCUGAUGGACCUAAAAAAUCAAAGAUCUCCUCCUCUCGAAAGCUGGGGUUGAAGAUCAGACUGUUGGCAGUAGCUGCUCAGAUGCUGCAGGAGGAUACAGAGCAGAAGAUAAAGGAAAGAGAAACUGCUCUCGCAGAGAGAGUUCCUCCUCUAAAUCUGUCUGGUUUGUCGUUGCAAGAGCUGCUGGAUCUUUGCAAAGACUUGCACCACAAGAUUGAUGUAGUAGAUGAGGAGCGGUAUGAUAUCGGCCUCAAGGUGUCCAAAAACGAAAAGGAGAUUGGGGACAUGAAUCUGAAGAUCAUUGAGCUCCAGAGUAAGUUUAAGAAGCCGACCCUGAAGAGAGUGAAGAUCUCCGCUGAAGCCAUGCUGAGCGUCCUGCUGGGCUCCAAACACAAGGAGUCCAUAGACUUCAAGGCCAACCUCAAAACAGUUAAGAAGGAAGAAGAAAAGGAGGAGGAGGUGACUGACUGGCGUAAGAACGUGGAGGCCAUGUCUGGUAUGGAGGGCAGGAAGAAGCUGUUUGACGCAUCCGGCAAUUAAAUAAGCAUUUUUGUUUCUUCUUAUAAUAAAUUCUCAACAUUACUUAG